AUGCAUCAGCGGGCGGCGACAGAAGGAGGAACCGAGGCGGCGCCUGCUCACUCGGCCACAGCUGUCACUCUCAGCUCGACCGGCUCCGCUUCUCCCCCCCGUUCCACCUCCUCCCUGCCGGGGGAAGCGAGAGGACUCUCCCGGUGCCCUGCAGAGCGACGGCUGCCCUUAACUUUGCCGUCCUGGUCGGCAACGCUACAAAGCCCAGGCGUCCGCCCACCUCCUUUCCUCGUCUCGCCUGAGCUCCGGCAGCAUGGCCGCCCCCGCCGGCGCGGAGGUGAAGGAGCUCAACCCGGUGGACUUCAUCCAGCUCCAGCAGUACAUUGAAUAUUGCAGCCUGAAGGUGAAAGACGUGCUGCGGGAGUUUGAUGCAGAUGGCCGCCUUGCCCGCCACAGGCACGGAGAGUGCAUCAACGAAGAAGGCUUUCGUCUUUUCCUCAAGACUUACUUGGAAGUGGACGACUUCCCGGCAGAUCUGUGCCAGCGGCUCUUUCGCUCUUUCCAGAACUCGGAACCCGCCCAGCUAGACUGUGCCAAGGAGGUGUUUCUGAAGGAUGUUUCCUGUUACUUCUCCCUGCUGGAGGACGGUCAGCCGCGGGACAAGUUGGAGUUCGCUUUCAAACUCUACGACCGAGACGGUAACGGCGUCCUGGACAGCUCGGAAGUGGACAGAAUCAUCGCCCAGAUGAUGCACGCCGCCGAGUACUUGGGAUGGGACGUGUCCGAGCUCAGGCCGGUGCUGAAGGACAUGAUGAAGGCGAUCGACGCUGACAGCAGCGAUACGGUCUCUCUGGAGGAGUGGGUGGAGGGAGGCAUGAACAACGUGCCCCUGCUGGUCCUGCUGGGCUUGAAGAUGACCCAGACGGACGGUCAGCACUUGUGGAGGAUGAAGCAUUUCAACAAGCCCGCCUACUGCAACGUGUGCCAGAGCAUGCUGCUGGGCCUCAGGAAGCAAGGCCUGUGCUGCACCUGCUGCAAGUACACCGUGCACGGCCGCUGCGCCAACAGGAACCCGGCCCCUUGCGCCAGAACCUACGUCAAGUCCAAGAAAGAAACAGGGGUUCCCGUGCACGACUGGGUGAGCGGCAACUGCGACUCCAGGAAGUGCGACAAGUGCCAGAAGAAGAUCAAGAGCUUCCAAGGCCUGACGGGCAAACACUGCGUGUGGUGCCACUCCAUGCGUCAUGACGCGUGUGCGGCCGAGGAGCCCAGCGAGUGCACGUGCGGCCCGCUCCGAGACCACAUCCUGCCCCCGUGGGCCGUCUAUCCUGUCAUUAAGGACAGAUCCAACAACGGCUGCUCCGCUCAGACGGACGACGCCGAGCUCAACACAACUCCUGACGGACAGAUCCUACAGAUCAGCCCCGUGCCCAACACACACCCUCUUCUUGUGUUUGUCAACCCCAAAAGUGGAGGCAAGCAGGGGGAAAGGGUCCUGCGUAAGUUUCAGUACCUGCUGAACCCUCGACAGGUGUACAACCUCUCCAAUGGCGGACCAGCGGCGGGCCUGAGCUUCUUCAGGGACAUUCAGGACUUCAGGAUCCUGGUGUGCGGCGGCGACGGUACAGUGGGAUGGAUUCUGGACGCCAUCGACAAAGCCAACCUGGUGGUGAGGCCGCACGUGGCCGUGCUUCCUCUGGGCACAGGAAACGACCUGGCUCGGUGUCUGCGUUGGGGAGGAGGUUACGACGGUGAGGACCUGAGUCGCAUCCUGAAGGACAUCGAGGGCAGCUCCCAGGUUCUGAUGGACCGCUGGAGCGUGCAGGUCAUCAACGAGGAGGACCAAGAGAAGGGCGACCCCGUGCCGUACGAAAUCAUCAACAACUACUUCUCCAUCGGAGUGGACGCCUCCAUCGCUCACCGUUUCCACACGAUGAGGGAGAAGCAUCCACAGAAGUUUAACAGCAGGAUGAAGAACAAGCUGUGGUAUUUUGAGUUCGCCACCUCGGAGACCAUCUCGGCCUCCUGCAAGAAGCUCAGCGAGAGUCUGAGCAUGGAGUGCUGCGGGACUCCUCUGGACCUGGGCGCCCUGUCCCUGGAGGGCGUGGCCGUCCUUAACAUUCCCAGCAUGCACGGCGGCUCCAAUCUGUGGGGCGAGACCAAAAAGGGGGACGCUAAGGGGCCGAGCGGUCAGGACGAGCCCGACGUCAUCGUGGACCCGGAAGUCCUCAAAGUGACCGGUCAAGACCUGAGCGACCGCCGACUGGAGGUGGUGGGCCUGGAGGGCGCCAUGGAGAUGGGCCAGAUCUACACGGGCCUGAAGAGCGCCGUGAGGCUCGCCAAGACGUCGCAGCUCACCAUCAGGACCAAGAAAGCGUUGCCGAUGCAGAUCGACGGGGAGCCGUGGAUGCAGCCGCCGUGCACGAUCCACAUCACACACAAGAACCAAGCGAGCAUGUUGAUGGCUCCUCAGACCAAGUCGUCAGGAUUCUUCAACUACAAAUAGAAGCAGACUGUUUAGCAAACAGCACCAUAAAGUUAGUAGUAUUCCUAAAAAUUGAUUUAUAACAACUAAAAUCCAGGGCUUAAUAUAUAUUCAUUUUUUUGUUAGAAAUCAGAAAUGAACAUAAGAAAAAUAAGAUGCCAUAAAAGUGAAUGUAUCGCCAUUUACAACCAUGUGACUUCUCACAGCCAAUCAGAUCAUCCGAAUC